GAGAGUUCUCAGUCCCCGGGAGACAGGUGCUGUGGCCGCGCGGCGGCGCCCCCGAGGGGAGGUCCCGGAGUGCCCGCCCUCACCCGCCCUGUCUACGCCCCUCCCCUCCCCUCCCCUCUUCUCCCCUCCCCCGCCGUCCGCAGCCACCGGUCGCCAGCGAUCCGGCUCCCGGGUCCUCGAGCAGACCCAGAGAGCGCGCGACGACGUGUGGGGACACCCGCGGACCUGACCCUGGAGAUCACCCGGGUUUGCCCGCCUCCCAUCAGCCGCGAUUCCCUGGCCCGCGAUCCUGAGCCCAGGGAACUCAUUGGGUGGGGGUAGGGUCCCCGAGGACCCGGGCCAGCUCCCGGCGCGACGAUGGAAGAGCAGCAGCGCGCGCGCUCGCACACGGUCACCACCACUACCAGCUCCUUCGCGGAGAACUUCUCCACCACCAGCAGCAGCUUCGCCUACGACCGAGAGUUCCUCCGCACCCCGCCGGGGCUCCUGAUCGUGGCCGAGAUCGUCUUGGGACUGCUGGUGUGGACGCUCAUUGCUGGCACUGAGUAUUUCCGAGUCCCUGCUUUUGGCUGGGUAAUGUUUGUAGCUGUCUUUUACUGGGUCCUCACCGUCUUCUUCCUCAUUGUCUACAUCACCAUGACUUACACAAGGAUUCCCCAGGUGCCCUGGACCACAGUGGGCCUGUGCUUUAAUGGCAGUGCCUUCAUCUUGUACUUCUCAGCUGCCAUCGUGGAUGCAUCUUCUGUCUCCCCAGAGAAGGAAGGUUACAACUUCAACAGCUGGGCAGCCUCCUCGUUCUUUGCCUUCCUGGUCACCAUCUGCUAUGCUGGAAACACAUACUUCAGUUUCAUAGCCUGGAGAUCCAGGACCGCACAGUGACUCUCCCUCCUCAGAUAAUGGAGAAGAAGACACACCAGGACGAAUCCCACUGUUUUGAAAACAAACAAACAAACAAAACAAAACACCGAUUGUAGCUAUAAUGUAUAUUGCCCCAGAAUUGUAUGUAUUUAACUAAUGUUUUUAUAUCUUAGUUAAAUUAGCUUCCAGUGUCCUGUUACAGUUACGCUGGAUAUUUACUUCAGGAGUGCUGUGGCUUCUAAUGAACCCUGAGGUCUCCUGACUCCCUCCUAGGCUUUAUUUUCUUACACAAUGUAUAAAUAAAUUGCUAAAUGUUAAGAACCUGUGGAGUUUGUAAAGCUGACAUUAGAAAUUACAUGUGUUUCCUAUGUGUGCCACAGUGCACGUACUGAGCUCAUAGGAGAGCUUGCAAGAGUGAGUUCUCUCCUUCCACUCUUCAGGUCUCAGGGAUUAAAUUCAUGACUUCAA